GUAAUUUUUCGUAGUCAAUCAUGCGUGGUUAGCGUGUGAAUAUUUGGACGUGAGUUAUACGUUUAUCGCACGAGAGCCAUCUAAGAAUGGCAGCGGGAACAUUACUUGAAGAUCUUGGUUGUUAUAAUUCCGAUGUAGUCGACUUGUCCAUCUCAUCACAGGAUUCUGUUAUUCUGAACAUCUGUAAAGAUGGCAUGGAGCUGGGAACUGUGCACUGCUUGGCUACUCAAGAUCCUGGAGACUUAUUUCAGUAUGGACCAAGACAAGGAAAUUUGGAGUUGCGUCAGUCAUUAGCCAAUUUUCUGGCUGAGGAGUAUGGACAUCAAGUAUCAAGUGAGCGUCUGUUCAUUACUGGAGGAUCAUCACAAGGCCUUGUUUUGUUAUGCAAUGUGCUCUCUCAGUCUGGGGAUCCUGUUUUUGUGCCUGAUCUCACUGGUAGUUCCCUUGACAUUUUCAGGGAUUUGAGCCUCAAACUUGUUUCAGUUCCAACUGAUGAGAAUGGGUUGAUUGUGGAAGAACUGGACAAACUUCUGAAAGCACAUUCUUAUAGGAAGAGAUCAGCAACAGAAAAGAAGCCAUUCUGGGGAUUUGUUUACUUGAUGACUAUUUUCAAGAAUCCUACUGGACAGUCACUCCCAGAAGACAGAUGUAAUGCUCUUAUUGAGAUUAUCAGGAAGCAUAAGGUGUUGUGUUUGUGUGACGACACUUUGGCCUGUUUGUCCUAUGCUGAAAGUGACCCUGCAUUUAAAAAAGCACCAAAAAGGCUCUUUGCCUAUGAUCAAAGUUCAGCAGGUUCUGCAGAACAUGGAAACAUUGUUUCUCUUGGAUCAUUUUCUACAAUAUUCAGUCCUGGUUUGAGAAUUGGCUGGUUGGAAGCCCCGCAAAAUGUCUUAGGACAUUUAAAAAAUAGUUCUUUUGUGUGCCACGUUGGUUCAAGUCAGCACUAUCUCAGUGGAGUGAUGGCUAGUGUCAUUGAACUUGGUCAACUUGAAAAACUUCUUUCCUCUCUGAAAAUCAGCUACCAUGGUCGACUUGCUGCCAUGUUUGAUGUACUCCUGCAACACAUGCCCAAAGAAGUAAAGCUUUCCAAACCUCAGGGUGGAAUAUUUGUAUGGAUAACGUUACCUCAAAACAUUGAUGCCGAUGAGCUGCUGAAAGUUUGUAGAGAAAAGUACAAUGUUGGCUUCUCUCCUGGCUCAGAAUUCUCUUCGACCCCGGACAAGUUCAGAAACUGUAUUCGGUUGUGUGUUGCUCAUUACAACGAAAAAAUUCUGUCUUCAGCUGUGGAGAGACUGGCGACAGCUAUCAAGGAGAAAAUGUAGGCAGCUUCUUGUGGGCAACCUAGAAAGAUGACGCUGCAGACUGUGGUGGAAAAUAGUGCGACCUGCAGAAAACAGAAACAUAUUAUGAAGCUGGAGAGUUAUGGUGCAAAUUUGGGGUUACUUCUUCCGUGUCUACGAAGCAGCUGAGAUCUGUAUAGAAGCAAGAAACUGAACCGAGAAACGGUUGAACCACAAAAAGAAAAUUAGGAGAAGGACAAGAUAGUGGGUUCUAAUCACUUAGAUACGUUUUAAAUUGGAUGAAGAGGUCUUGUUUGGACACUAUUCUUGUAUCGAAUUGUCUUGCAAGAUUUGCAGGGGCGAUAGUUCCUGUGAACGGUCUGGGCGUACAGUACUUAAUUAAGAUGAUUAUGACUUAUCAUACCAGCUAAUGGUAAUCUUUUUUUGCACUGAGGUAGGUUAACUUGCAAGGCAGGGAGCUGCCUUAUUCGGUGACUUUUGAUUUCCUGCCCCGUGACGUGGCACAAAUGAGCAGUCUUAGUUUGGUCCAAGUUUCCCAGCGCGCCGAAACUGAGAAAUGAUACAGACAUAUAAAGUGAUCUCUUCUCUCAAUUGCAUUCACUGCUACAGGGAGCUGUUUUCGCAAUGUGUUACGAGUGUCGUUGUAGAGCAGGGUUGUUUCCAGACAACUCAGGAUCGCUGGUAACAGCAACAAACUAAUUUAUUUCCGUAAGGUAAC